AUGACGGAGACAACCAGUAAAUCCAAUGAUAAGAGUGUUGUUGAUGAACGCCGGAAUGCACUAACAUCAGCGACUGGACAAACUGGUUCGGUUAGCUCAACUUCCACGCUGUCUGGUUUAAAAGUCUCAGAAUGUACCAAUGCUCGCCCGCCCUCGCAGGCGCAAAGAGACACACAUAAGGUACCCGGGGCAAGUACGACGAAUACUACAGCUUCCGCUGACAAAGAAGCACUAAUCAUCGCAGCUGCACAAGAAGGAUGCAAGAAGCAGGCGCGUUUAGGUUCAGGCCAUGCGCUAUACCUACUUCGAAGUCUAGAUACAACUGACAAUGUGCAAGUACCACGAACGCCAGAGGUAUGUACAGGCACUGUGCCUGCGGCAGCGAGGGUAAGUGCUACAGAGGGGGACAUCCAUACAUCGCUUCAGAGGAUUUCACCGGCAUACACCCGGAGGAUACUGUGCAGCGCAGAUGAUUCUGAUGGGUUUAGCAGUGACCUUAGCCACGCGAGUUCUGACGAUGCGUUUGACUUUGUUUUAGGUAGGGCUGGGAAUGUUUCAGCCAGCCACGCAGGUCCUGGACCGGGAAGGGUCAUGGUCUCAGGCGGACGAGACACAUGCACAAAGGUAUCGGUCAUAGACAGGAACGAGCACAUCACAGGACUUGGGUUGGCAGCAGUAGGUGUGCGAAAUGUGGUUCAGGAGGUUAGAGAGUUGAAGGGUUCUGAUUCGGCUAAGACGAGACGUUCCCGGGAGGAGGUACGCGGCAAUGUAUCUAACAUGCUUAUAACCAGGAAGCAUGCGUGUGAUGACGUGAGUAUGAAGGUUUUAACUCGAAAAGAGAUGUCAAUGGUCCACGAGAGUAUGGAUGCAGGGAAAUCGCACACUCGAGCACGACAACCUUGUGUCGAUAUGGUUAACGCAGCGAUGUCGAAGAAGAAAUCGUCUGCUGUUAUCACUGGUAAAGAAAUGUCCAAGCGGCAUGCAAGUACUGAUGUGGAAAUACCAGAUACUCCUGAGCAACAAUCUCUUAUCGAUGUAGGAGAGAUAGAGACAAUUAGGAAGCAACCGUGUGUCAAGGUCAAGGAUGAUAUGAUCCAGGAGGAGGCCAGCAUCGAUGGGGCUAAGAACAAGAUGACUGGGAAACAGCCAUUCAGUGAUGCAGCUAAGGUGGACUUAUCUGGAUCGCAGGUAUGCGAUUAUGCGGCGACUAUGAAGUUAAACGGGGAGGAAUUGUGUAGUACUGUGUCCAAGACGGAAAUGAGUGAGAAGCACUACGGUGCGCAUGUUGUUAGAGUAAGUGUGACUAAGCAGCAAGACGGUGACGUCGAGAUUAAGAAGGGAGAGAGGGAGAAAUCAACGAGACAGAUAGUUGGUGAAACGGCCACCGGGAGGGUGUUAAAACAAAAAACCUCAAUCGAUACGAUUCAGAAGCCGAUGUUCCAGAAGCCAACAUGUGCUAAUGUGCCCCAGAGGGCACAGGUGUGCAUUAAGGUUCAAACUACUAAGAAGAAAGUAAGGAGGCCAGAGGUUACAUCUACUAACGAGAGAGUAGCGGGGGAAGCGUUUUCAUCCACGAAGAGUAAAGUAGGUGGGGUAAAGGUUACAUCUUCUGUGCAGAAAGUUAGGGGAGAAGAGAUCUCAACUAAGGGGAAAGUAGGGGGGGCGAGAGGUUCCAUCUUCUAAGGAAAGGUGGGAAGACCAGAGAUUCCAUCUACAAAGGAGAAAGUA